AUGAUAAAAGAUCUGUGGCUUGUGGCAAAUCUUGCUAUCACAAUGGAGCUAUGGAAGACCCGGAACAGAAAUUACUUUGAUGAUGCUCCGGUGAAUUGGCUUGGCUUCAAAGGAAGGGUCUAUCAAACAAUACGAGACAAUUCUAGCCGAAUGAAAGGGAAUAUGCACAACACUCAAGGUGACUUGAGGAUUCUAAAUUAUUUCAGAGUUCAACACAGAUCUUGCAAGGUCAACAUCCCGAUGGAGAUAAGCUGGACUCCUCCUAAUCCUGACGAAAUCUUGAUAUGCUGCGAUGGAGCCUCGAUGGGUAACCCAGGCCAAGCAGGCUCAGGAGUAAUAUUUCGCGAUCUAAGCUCAGCGGUCCUUGGAUCUCUUUCUGUUGGUCUGGGCUGGCAGACCAAUUUCUAUGCGGAAAUAGCAGCUGUUAUCUAUGGAGCAGUUGUGGCUCAGAAGUGGGACAUUAAAAAUCUCUGCAUACGUUCUGAUUCGAUGAGUUGUAUACAAGCCUUUCAGAAAAAUGAACUUCCUUGA